AUGCACCGAGAAACACACAUCCAUCUCAAGACCCUGAAGCCCCUCCUUCGAGCCUAUGCCCUGGGAUAUCUCACCGUUACUGCACCCAGGCUGUUUGGUUUCCUGAGGACGCUUCGACGCAGCCAUCUCGCAUCCCGCGAGGUUUUUUCCAUCCUCCGGAGGAUUCUCAUCACAUCCACCCAACUCAAUCGCUUCCCAACUGCCGCUGCCGUCAUCGUGGGCGGAGCAACUGCCCUUCCGCGUUUGCUCCUGGCAACUCUUGAAGGUGUCCUAUCGUUGCUUCGCAAGGGGCCACCUACGCGUCUCAGCAGAAGUAUUGUGGGACUCAUCCACUUCCUUUGUUCUUUUUGGUCGGCCUGGCUCGCCUUUGCUUUACUCAACCGUGAUGAAACGUGGGUUCGAAAGCGCGCCAUAUCUCGAGCCAGUCCGAAUACCGAUGCCAGUGCUCUGGGCGCAUCGACCCUGCAUCAACCAUCUCCGCCGUCAUAUCAUCCUCACUAUGCUGGGAAAACCAUUGACUUUACAGCAUUUGCCUUCUGCCGUGCGGUGGAUGUUAUGGUGAUAACUCUCUGGACCCGGACUCGAACUCGCUCGUGGCAUCCAGAACAACGGAAUCCCCGACUCUCAAACCUGGUUCGCAAGCUUGCUGAUCCGUCAGUUUUUGCAGGCUCCGCUGCGAUCAUCAUGUGGUCAUGGUUCUAUUCACCGGAGCGACUCCCUCGAUCAUACAAUCAGUGGAUCUCGAAAGCAGCCGACAUCGACCCUCGCCUGAUACAAGCACUCAGAUUAGCUCGACAAGGCAAUUUUGUCUAUGGCGAGGAUACCGGCCAAGCACCGCUCCUCGCCGGCCUUUGUCGGGAACUAGACUUACCUGAGGAAUUCGCCGACCCUUCCAAGACCAUCCCAAUCCCCUGUGAGCUAUAUCAUUGCGGAUCGGGCAAGAGUUGCGAAAUACACGCGCUUUCCAGGUUCUGGAGAAGUUGGAAAUUUGCAAUGGAGAUAUACCUGCCUCUCCAAUUGCUGACAAUCUUGCGUUCGCCUAGACCUAAGUCUGUCCUCAAGGUUCUUCAGGCGGCAUCAAGGUCUUCAUCCUUCCUGUCUGGCUUUGUGGCUUCAUUCUACUAUGCCGUCUGCUUGGCUCGGACUAGGCUUGGCCCUAAAAUCUUUUCGCAACGGACAGUAACGCCCCAGAUGUGGGAUUCAGGACUUUGUGUUUUGACAGGCUGCCUUGCGUGUGGAUGGUCCGUCCUUCUCGAGAAACCAAGUCGCCGGCAGGAAAUUGCUUUCUUCGUGGCACCGAGAGCACUGGCGACGAUUCUUCCUCGCGUCUACGAUCAGCAAUACCGCCACAGGGAACAAGCAAUUUUCGCCACGAGCAUUGCAGUCGUUUUGACUGCCCUCAAGUCUGGCAAUGAGCGCAAUAUCCGAGGAGUGCUUGGGAGAAUUUUAGGUGGCAUAUUGAAAGACUGA